CUGUGGUCAAUCAAACUUUGAGAUGUGUGACGGCUCAGUGCUCGUCUCUACUCAAUAUUGUCGUAUUAUUCGGUUCAAAAUAUUCACUUUCACUUUUUAUGUUAUGUGACUCUGAAAAAGUUCACUUAAUAUGUUGUGAGAAGUCUUAUUGGAUUCUAAUUAUUGUUUCUUGAGACCUUCAUGUCAUAGAAUGAAAUCUGAAAUGGCAUAUAAAAAUUGUUGUGUAGUGUUUAUAAUUUUCGCUUUAGCGAUAGUUCAAGUGGUCGGUUACGACACGGAACUGUACGAAUCGACGCCUUGCGAUAGCAAUGUGUGCUUCGAAGCGCUCCACGGGGCCUUGGGCGACUGCUCCUGUAAUGUAGACACGAUAGACUACUUUAAUAACGUCAAGAUAUUUCCCCGCAUACAGAGCUUGGUGAGCAAAGACUAUUUUCGCUUCUAUAAAGUCAAUUUGAAGAAAGAAUGCCCUUUUUGGGCAGACGAUAGCCGAUGUGCCAUGAAGUACUGUCAUAUUAAAACUUGUACUAAGGAAAGUGUACCUGGAUACGAAAACGGAUAUGAAAAUGAGAUUUUAGAUGAAACACCAGCUAGCAAAUACUCUAAAGAGGCUCAAUCUAACUGCAAUUCUGAUUCUGAUCAUGACCCGGACCUGGGUUACUUGAAUAUGACUAUUAGUGCAGCCAGUCAGUAUGAAAUAGCAAAGUGGAAAGCCCAUGACGAUGCCCUUGAAAACUUCUGUGAAUGCGACGACAGAGAUGCCGAGGCGGAGUAUGUAGAUUUAUCUCUGAAUCCUGAAAGAUACACAGGAUACAAAGGCCCUUCAGCACACAGGAUAUGGAGGAGCAUAUAUCAGGAAAAUUGCUUCCGUCCUAAGGUUAAUCCUUAUGAAUCAUUCCCAUAUGUUUUGAGUACUGAUUUGAGUAACAUGUGUUUAGAGAAAAGGGUAUUUUACAGAGCAGUUUCUGGCAUGCAUACCAGCAUUAACAUUCAUUUGUGCUCCAAGUACCUCCUGUCUGAAAAAGCAGUCGGUUUUGUUGCUUCCCCAGAAGGUGAAUGGGGACCGAACCUUGAAGAAUUCCAGCGUCGCUUUGAUCCCUCGCAGACACUAGGCGAAAGUCCAAAUUGGCUGAAAAAUCUAUAUUUUGUUUAUUUAUUAGAAAUGAGAGCUUUAGCUAAAGCAGGUCCGUACUUAGAAAGAGAAGAAUAUUAUACAGGCAAUCCCACGGAAGACGAGGAGACUAGAGAAGCUAUUAGAAACAUGCUUGGUGUCAUUUACAGCUUCCCGGACCAUUUCAAUGAGUCUUCAAUGUUCAACGGAGGUAGCCAAGCUGCUAAACUGAAAGUUGAGUUCCGAGAGCACUUCCGUAACAUAUCAAGGAUCAUGGAUUGUGUGGGAUGUGAUAAAUGUAAGCUGUGGGGGAAGUUACAGACCCAGGGGCUUGGCACUGCCUUGAAGAUCUUAUUCUCAGGCAAAUGGGACGGCCCAGAGGAUGACCCAGAGCAGGGCCACAGAUUGCCACUGAGGCACAAAGCUCAUGAAAGGUUGCAGAGAACAGAGAUUGUGGCAUUAUUCAAUGCCUUUGCUAGACUUUCUAACAGUAUUAGAGAAUUGGAAAACUUCCGGAACAUGCUCAGCUCGCAAAAAGAGACACCGAAGCAAAAUAUAUUUGGCGGCGCUAGAGAUUCGAGUGACAAGAGUAAGGUGAAGGAACAUUGCGCUUCCAGCGGAGCGAAGCCGCAAAUUUGGAGCUAGAGUGUCAUUUUUCAGCAUACAUAAAUGUACAGUCAGUUGCAGAGAUAGUUAACCCCCCCUACAUCGGCUGUUUGUAUGCAGAGGGUCAAAUAUCUCUACAGCUAACUGUACAUAGAUUACGAAUUUUUUGUAAUAUUGGCGUAAGAAAAGUGAGUCAUGAUCUCAUUAUGAACGGGUAAUUAAUAAUGUAACGCACAGGUUGAUGUUAAGUAACAUGUUCGUUUGAACAAUAACAAAAGCAACAAUUCUUGGAAGAACUUUUUGGCUAUCAUGAAGUAACUUGAGGAAAACAACAGUGUAUUUUGUACAAAUAUCUGCGGAAAAAACCCUAGCGGUCGUCAGCUAUAAAAGUAAUUGCUCUUAUCUUGCUAACAACAAGCCAGCAGCCGUUAUCGACUAAAAGCGAUUAAUUGCAUUUAAUUGCACAAUAUCGCUAGUAGAAAACUCAAUAGAAUUUUCUAAAAACGCUGUCUAGGUCGUUAGAUUAUACUCUAAUAGCUAUUUUUUUUCUAGUUUGGAAAAUAUAUAAAACUUCUUUAAUAAAAUAAUGUUUCAUGAGUAUUAUGAAUGUAAUCGUUUGGGUAAACAAAUAUCUUCGGCGUGUUCAGGUGUUGCAAAAAAUCAGUAAUGGUGUACUUAAACCUGAUGUUUUUAUUGCAAUAGCCCUUUUACCUAUUUCAAAGUUUGUGAUUUUAGCAUGAUUUCAGUUACGAAUCGUAAGAUUUGUUUCAUAAAUUAAAAUCUCACAAGCGUAACAUUCAUUAACAUGGCAUUUUGUUCACUGUACUUUUUUUACGCCAGUAUUAUGCGGAUCAUCACAAGACUAAUUUAUUUAUAUCCAGUGACGUGUUGAGCUUAUUUAUAAUGCGAGGUAAAGCCGAAUAUAGUGUUUAUGAGAAUAAUGAUUACCUAACAGCCACCCACUAUGUAUAGAUUUGCAACAAUAAUUUCCUAGAACAGAAUGAGUACCUAAAUAAUGUAAAGUUUAUAUUUUACUCGUCAAAAAAUUCCGUGCCCGGACCGAAAUUUAAAAUCUAAAUGAUUUGAAAUUUCGGUCCGGGCACGGAAUUUUUCUCUCCAUGGAAAUUUUAUUCUGCUGGCACGGAACUUAAUUUUCUUAAGUUUACUUUUUUUUCACGUUGACUUAUUCACAGCUCAGUGCAGACGUACCUAUGAAAAUCCUUAAAGGUGUAGGUGCAUACGUAUAGCGACAGUUUACACAAACAAGUACCGCGCAAUACUAAUUGCUGUUAUUGUUGUGUCGAACUACGACAUCAUGAUAAUAAUAUUCCUCUAUAGCUACAGUUACACCUGAAACCAUAUACUUAAUGUAUAUAUGUGUCUGUAUGUAUGUGUCUUUAAUCUGUGGAGUUUUAAUAUAUUUCCCGAAUUUUAAUACAUAAAGACGAAAGUGGAAGACCCGUGGGAAAUCGCCUUUCAUACAAUCGUAGUCCUCAUUUUUCUCUCUGGAUAUUAAAAUCAUUGAAAAUAUUAAGACACAAUAUGUUUAAGCGGCCGACUUUCAAUCCGGAGGUCGCGGGUUCGAAUCCUGGCUCGUACCAAUGAGUUUUUCGGAACUUAUGUACGAAAUAUCAUUUGAUAUUUACCACUAGCUUUUCGGUGAAGGAAAACAUCGUGAGGAAACCUGCAUACAUCUGCGAAGAAAUUCAAAGGUGUAUGUGAAGUCCCCAAUCCGCAUUGGGCUAGCGUGGGGACUAUAGCCCGAGCCCUCUCGCACAUGAGAGGAGGCCUGUGCCCAGCAGUGGGACGUAUAUAGGCUGAAUUAUUAUUAUUAUUAUUAAUAUGUUAUAUAUCAAGAACAGCUAUGCCCUACGUUUAAUUUUUUGAUUAUUAUAAGAGUUAGGAGCAUUUAAAAAAUUGUAUAAAAAUCUGGUUUUUCCAAAUUUUUGCAGUAAUCAGAAAAUCUAAAAAGGGCAUAAGUAGCUAUGGUUAAUUAUACAUCAAAUAAUAUACAAAUAUCUUCCAUAAUCCAGAGGAAAAUGGGUCUAAGUUUGUAUGCAGAAACGGCCGUCGCCUCUCCUUAUAACAUAAUUUCAGUAUUAUCUUGUAAUUCUAGUGAGGACUUGUUCACUUAAGUUGUGUAUUGUAAAAUUAACCUUUUAUGAUACCAAACGAACUCUUAUGUCGGAUAUGACUGACUUAAUUCUGUCUGAUAUGAUUUAAUCUUACUAAGUACACUAUAUUCGGUUUUACCUUUAUCUUUAUCUUUGUACUAAGUAGUAGUAAGAAUCAUAAAUUAAAAUGAAAUAAUGCGAGGGAUCUACAUUCUACGACAUGCAACUGUUUGUGUAUCCUAUUUCCAUUAAACCGAAUUUUAAUAUAUUCUAUUAAUUCUGGACCAAAAUUAUUUUACCACAUUAUUAAGAUCAUAAGAUUAGAAACAAUUAAGAAGCUUAUGCAGUUGUGUUUUAAAUUUACUUCUAGUUAUGUUACGAACGUUGAAUAUGAUGCUAUGCUAUGAAUUAUGUAUUUACCGAAUAGGUUGUUUUAACAUAAAUUCGAACGAAAUAUUUAAUAUUCUCUAGAUUCAUAUGUUAUAUGUUGUCCAAUUUCAUAAUAUUAUUACUGGUCCCAGUAUCAGUCGUAAAUCAAAAAUGUCAUUUCAGCAGUAAAAUUUUUCAAACUUUAAACAGAUCCUUAUCAAAAUGUAUCAAAUAUUAGUACAUUCUACGGAAUACUUACGACACUAUUUCUCAACUCUCUAUAUGUAUAUUUCUGAAUUAUUUUGUAUAUUUAAUUUUAAUAUUAUUUAGUUUUACAAUGUACAUAUUUUUUAUUAUUAUUUGACUUGUUGUUUUCAACCUUGAUCUUCAGUUGUACCGGUUAUUUUGGCUUUAGUGCAAACUCAUUAUAUAAUCAUUUUUGAAUGUACAGUCACAAAUAGUCAUUUGGCAUUCGCUCAGAGUUUCUUCUAGAGAGGACAAAUAUACUCGGUGGCAUUAUUCGCCAAACUCAAUUAGGUUUAAUGCACAAAUGUUAUUUAAAGCUAUACAUUCAUGCUAAUUGUUGGUCGCAAACCAGUUAAAAUUACUCUUCUUUUUAUAAGUUUAAUGUAAAAAUCCUCAGAAAUAGCUCUUAAAAUUAGACCAGAUCUCCAAAAUCAAACAAUGUAAUUGUUUGUUGUAUAAUUAUGACUUUGAAAAAUUAUUUACUUUCAAGCUGAAAAUGUUUAUGUGUAUAUUGUAUUGGCUGAACUGUAUAUUUUUUGUAACUAUCCUUUCAAUAGUGUUGUAUUUUCUUAAUCUGUUCAUGUGAUAAUUGUCUUAUAUUCCCGACUGUUUUUGUCACAAAAUCCUAUUUGGUUACAAAAUAAGUAUUAAUUAGUAUAAAUAGUCACUUAUAAGUACAUCGCACCUUAAUAGUUAUCAGUAGUUAAUUAAGUCCGGCUACAAAAAGUUGUAGCAUUAACUUAAAUAGUUUUUGAUUUGAGCUGUAACUUAUUUCGUAGGUUAUGUUUGCUCAUUUUUAAAUGCUUCAUAAUGAAAUUCGACUUCGUUCUAUAUCAUCUUAGUUGUAAUGGUUCCUAAAGAUGUUACAAAUACUAUAAUUUCAUUUAAUAUUACAAAAUCUAUUUUGUGGUUCCAAAAAGUAAAACGGCUCAUGAUUGCUAGCUUAACCUUUGCAAAUCAAUUAGCAGAGGAUUUGUUGUCUGUGAUUUUAAGGUCUAAAAUACUUUCAUGACAAAAUUAUUUAUUUUAUAUUUUAAUUAAAUGUUUUUCCAAAUAC